GCAUGAAAUUCGCAUUAGGUCUUCUGAUAUCACGACGAUGUCAUCGCAUUCUAACCGUUCGUGCAGUGUCAAUGUGAUUUGUAAAUAAAAUAGCAAAAUCUUUUGAGGUGCAAGUGUGCAAAUUUAAGCCCAACCAUUAAAAGGACUAAAAGCUAAAGGAUUAAAAGCGCGUAUCCUGCAACGCAUGCGCUUGUUAUCCUGUCAAAUUAAACACACAUGUAGCGGUUAAAGUGCAGUAACCUGGUGUAUUUGAGUGUGUGUGUGCGUCAAGUCGGGAACAGUGAGCUAGAUAGCAUUGAAAACUACAGAAUAUUCCAAAGAAAAGUGUAUUGUGCCGCUGAAUACACGCUUCAAUAGACCCUAUAAUCGAAGCGGUUAAAACUCUUUGAAACCAGUGCAAAAUGAAAGCGCUAAUAUCGUUUGGUGUAAUAUCACUUCUUGCCAUCGUUACUGUGCGUGCUACUCCCGCCAUCAGUUCCAGUGAAAAUGCGAUUCCCAUAGUGAAUCGUAAUCAACUGGAAGAGGGAUUCCUGCGUAAACUGAACAUUAAAUGCAGCCAAAGGGAUAAUCAUUCGUGUAUGAUGCUCAAAUUGAUUGUGUACAUGAAUCGAAUAUUUAAAAAGUCUUCAAUCGAUAUUAAUGAUAAUCUAAGGGUUUCCCAAAAUAGAGAUAUCGACUCCAUACCGGAUGACCCCGAUGAUGAUUUAAUGUUAGCUCGUUCCAUUGAAUCAGAUGAUGAGACGCUAGGUCUGCUGAUGGCCGGAAAAAUUUGGAAAUUCAUACGCUCACGUACGCUGCGAUAUAAAUUUUCCGACAAUGCAGACUUCGUGCUCACCACCGAACCCAAAGGCAAUUUAAACUUUGGCGUAUCUGUGAGUCCGGUUGAAACGUUCGAAGAAGGACGUGGCAAGAUGAAAAAUAUGGGCCCAAUGUUGAUGAUAAUGAUGGCCAAGGCGGGCAUGGUGGGCGCUAUAAUGCUCAAAGGUUUAUUCCUGCUGGCGGGCAAAGCGUUAAUUGUCUCCAAGAUUGCACUGCUGCUGUCGGUGAUAAUCGCAUUGAAGAAAUUACUGUCCCAAAAGAAGCAUAUCGUUGAAGUACCGCAUCACGAUACAUACAGUUCGGGUUGGGCGAGAGCUUUGAACGGCUUCAUAGAGGGCAUGGCCGAAGUGCCGGCGCAAAUAAUGGCACAGGAAGCGCAGGAUAUGGCAUACAGUGGACAAAUGCCAACAGAGGAAGUGCAUUAGGCACAAGCUAGAUAGUCAAUACAUAAAUUAUAUGGUACAAACGAUUAUUUAUGAACAGAUAUAUAAGAGUACUCAUUAAAAACGAAUAGGAAUAUUUAAUGACAGAAGGUAAGGCACAACCAAACAAAAAAUAAAAUAAAAAGGCUUAAAAAAUAUUAAUUGACAAGCAGCUGCAGAAAAACUGCAAUAAAAUGUAAAAAUCCAAAGCUAAUAACUACAGACGAGUAAGUUCAGUCGGUUAUCUUGCGUAACACUACGAAAGCAAACAAAUUAAUAAUAUAUACUUUUAUUCGUGCUAUUAAUAAAAGAUAUCUAUUAAAUAUUUAUUUUACCAACAAAA